UCAAACGACCACAGCAUGUACUCAGAAACGUCUCUUCCACUGGCCCAUGGCGCCGUCGCAUCGCCGUCAACCUUCUCGUUCUCGUCGGAGCCAGAGCGGGGAGGUGUAGAAGAAGCUCUGCUCCAGCUCGUCCAGGAUCACCACCACGCCUCCCUUAGACUCCGCGACGCCACCGAGAAGGCGAAGAAGGACGCGAUCAAGAAGGCAGUGCGUGCGGCGGACCUGAUGGUGGAGGCGGUGAACGGCGGGGUGCAAGAGGCGUUCGUAAACGAGAAGCGAAUCGAGUAUGAAAUUAGGGCUUUGGCUGCCACCAUUGCACGAUUCAGCAAACAGACCGAUCAGUGGCUUUCUGUCACUCACUCUAUGAACACUGCCAUCAAGGAAAUUGGAGAUUUUGAGAACUGGAUGAAGAUUAUGGAAUUUGAUUGUAAAAGCAUCACUGCAGCCAUCCACAAUAUUCACCAAGCAUGAUCAUGAUCUAGCUCAGCAACAGAUUAUUUGUUUCACCAAUUUCCAUAUAAUAUUUGAUUACUUUCUUCUCUGUAAUUUGUAAACCUCUGAAUUGUGGGAU